AUGUUACUAUAUGAUAGGAAAAAGUGUGCAUGUAACAAGUCUUUCUACAAACACGAAAUUAUCAAAUAUAGGUAGUAGGCUUAGUUUGGCCCUCAAAAGUUAUGGAUGCUCCAGUAUCUACCAUACCUACUACGCCUUGAGAAAAUAUUUUAACGGAAACAAACGGUCCUAUAUUUUUGGCCAAAAAGAACAACGUGAGUCGUCGUAUUCACUGGACUUGGGCCCCUGCGACGUUUUCCUGUUCCCAAAACUUCAAAGACCCGUGAAUGGACGGAGUUUUGUGACGAUUAAGCAGCUAAAGACCGCAUCGCCUGAAGACCUCAGGGCCAUACCGUAAGAGCGCAUAUCAGAAGUGCUUCGAGGAUUGGAAAAAGCGCUCCCACAAGUGUAUUAUAUCCCAGAGAGAUUAUUUUGAAGGGGGCAAAAUAGAUAUUGAUGGGUAAACAUUUUCCUAGAAAAAAAGAUUCUCAUUUUUUUUUGAACACACCUAUAUAUAUAUGUGCUUGCAUGAGGACGUGUGCAUAAAGAAGCGACCUUCCUGUAUUUCUUUCAUGGACCCUGCGAACAAUUGAAGAAUGAUGAUGGCUUCAAUGAAUUUUUGGUCAACGUUCUAGAAAGGUAGGUGCGCUCAUCGAUUAUUGGAAAAAAAUAUGGUCUACAUUUCUUUCAUUAUUUGGUAUAAAAAUUAGCUGAAUUAUGUUACAAGAUUACACAUAUGGAAGAUAUGGAAAAUUUAUAGAUAUAUGUAAAGAAACAUAUAGCGACUAUUAUGAAGAAUAUGGACACAUUAUUCUUAAAACGACAGACGUACAUAUGCAUUGAGAGUUAAUUGAAUUGCAGC